AUGGCCGAUUAUUCUGUGUUUGCCAACUCUCAGUUCGAUCCCAAUGAAUACGCAAAUGCCAUCUUAGCAGCCGACUCUGGGUCAUCAGAUCCCAAACAAGUGGCUAGAGGGUCAACGCACUUAAAGGCCAUCCAGGACUCGGUGGCGAAAGAAGAUAUAUCAGUGGCCAUUUCAAAACUUACUUUUGGGAUAGAAGAUGUGUCAAAGCAAAUUAGAAACCUGGUCACAGCUCACCAUGAGGAUCUCCUGACACAAGCGUCCAACGUAAAUGCCCUUUCGGGAACUCUUGUUUCAGUCCGAGCAGGAUUGAGCGAUUUGGACAAUUCGGUUGACAAACUGCGUAACAAGGUUCACGUACCGUAUGAGAAUCUUCAAACACUUGUUUUGCGACUACAGAGGUUGCAUCAAGCAUCCGAUCUCUUGAGAAGGACAUCGCGAUUUGUCAUUCUUGCUCGACGGUUGCAAGCGCAAAUGAAUGAGAUUCAGGGUGUGAAAGGCACAGAUAAAGGUUUCAAGGACGAGCUCACCACAGCUACCAUUACUCAUGGAAAAGAUAUUGAAGACGAAAAAGAAAGAGCUAUCGCGAAAGCCGCGUUGAGUGUAGCAGAACUUGGUGCUCUUUUGGAUAAGGACAAUUCAGAAGAAGACAACGAUUCAACAGGUUCUGCUCCAAGGCGGGAAUUUGUAUCCUUGCGUUCCAUCAAAGUAAUUUCUUCGUACGAAGCUUUCGUUCAAGAUGCUCGUUCAGUUAUAACAACGGAGAUGGAAAACAUGGUGUUGAAUGGCCUGUCUACCCUUAACCAAACCUUGCUGGCAUCAUCGCUUCAAACCGCUCACAAUCUGGGGGUUCUCCCCACCCUCGUCCAAAGUCUAUUGUCUGAUCUUUCUCAAGCUGUAGAAGAUCGAAUACGCGGAACAUUUGAUCUCAAUAAGAUAUCGAAAGAUGCAUUAUCCAAGGAGACAGUAUUAGCGGCAAACUCUCCUAGUACACCUCAUACUUACAGAUCACGGGUAAGAACUGAACCAACAAAUGUAACUGCCCCACAGUGGUCAGCAGCUCUUUGGACCCGUCUCGAAGCGAUGUUUCAAGAAAUGGCCAAUUGCUGUAUCAAGGUUUAUGCACUAGAGAAAGUCUUGAAGCUGAAGAAGGAUACAUCUACCCAACUUGUGUUUUUAGACGAGGCCAUGCAAGUGCUAGAAAAUACGCCAAGUUCUUCGUUUUGGAUGUCAUCAAGUCAGGCCCUCCAAAAACAUUUUCAGGAUUCGUCUAAAGGGUCGUCUUUCCUACAACAAACGCUAUCCACCGGGCUUCCUCGACUUUUGCGACUUUUCCACGAGUUCUUCGCUAAAGUAGCCGUGCAUACAGAUACGAUAUACAGUGACACAUUUCAAAGUCCUGAAACCAUUCUUCUUCUCCGUUCAUUGUCGACAAUUGAGGCCCAAUAUCUUACAAGAUCCUCUAACAAAAUUAAUGAGGUGGUGGGUCAGAUAUCUUCGGGGAGUACUCGCACAACUCCAGGAGCAAAUGAAGGAAUGAGUGUGGCUAGAAUCGUGGUGAAUGAACUCGAUGCCGCACGAUUUGAUCCACUUUUGGUCAGAGCAGUGGCAAAAAAUAUCGCAACAUGUUUGGACAAUAUCGCAUCGAGACUAGAGAACUCGGUCUCGAGGGACAGAGCCGCCACUUCGCUUUUAGGGAGCUCGGCUUCGCCACAGCAAAUUUCGAAUGUGAAUUUAACAAAUUUUUUCUAUCAAACAUGGUCUCGUUUAUCACUCCUGAGCGAGGAUCACAUGCCGAAUGUGUUCGCGCUUCUACAGCCUAGCAUCCAGAACUGGCGACAAGCCUUUGAACGGAUUGUCGACCCUGUUGCUACAGCCAUACGACGUGAUCUAAGUGCAAUUAUUGCGAAGCUCCAUCGGAUCGACUUUGCUAAGCCUGUUGACCCUAAUGCUGGGAUGGGUGGCUUGAGUUCAUAUAUGAAGGAACUAACGGAGAAACUAUCCUUUAUUAAGUCUGAAUUAAUAGCUCGGUAUAACAUAGGUGAAUACGGUCGAGAUUGGGUAGCGUCUAUCGUCAAGUAUGUAAUUCGAGUGUUUGUCUUGCACAUCUCAAUUGCUUGCCCGCUUGGCGAGAGUGGAAAGCUGCAGAUGGCCAGCGAUAUGACUGGUCUCGAGUUUGCAUUGAAUGCUUUUAUCGUCGAUAACAACCAGAACAAACGUGGAAAUCACCUAGAGGCUAUAGGCGAAGAAUAUCGUGCACUUCGAGCUAUGCGCCCCCUGUUUUUCUUGGAAAAUAAAGAACUUGCGUCAGAAAGCCAUACGGCGGGACUGCCACCGUUAAUUGUUUUGCAUCAUAUCUUAGUUCGCUCCCCUAUUCCGUUACCACAUAAACUUCACGGGUGGCAAGAGGCCGAAUAUGUCCGAUGGGUAGAUGAACAUUCAGAUUCUGAAGCUUGGACGCUUGUUGAGGGUGGGCUUAUACACUGGGAGAAAAUCUCUGAAACCGAAGGUAAAGACAUUAAGGACGCAUUAGAAUAUGCAGAGUUGGCCAGGACGGUGCUGAAAAGGGUGCAAAAGUAG